AUGACAGCCACAUGGAGUGGCUUGAUUGUUGCCAUGAUGGGGAUUGGGUCCAUUGGUGGCCUUCCACUAUCAGCUCUAUCUCUUGACAAGCUCGGCAGAAAAUGGGGUAUGGCAAUUGGAGCCACCAUUCAGCUCGUUGGAGCGUUGGUUUCUGCCCUGGCACACAACAUCACGGCAUUGUUGAUUGGGCGCUUCCUGAUAGGCGCCGGCUUGAUCAUCAACGGAACGGGUGGCCCGUCAUGGAUGAUGGAGAUAUCACCACCAUCCCGUCGGUCCCUCUUCACCAAUCUCAUGCUGGCCCUCAUGUCGAUUGCUGGCACUAUUGCGGCAAUUGUCGCGCUGGCAAUCAAUGGUCAUGACACCGAGUGGGUGUGGCGUGGUCCCCUCCUGGGAGAAGUUGCCCCUCCGGCUAUAGGCCUAGUUCUUCUCAUCUUCACUCCAGAGAGUCCUCGUUGGUUGGUUUCUAAAGGAAGAAAUGAAGAGGCUUUCGACAUCCUUGUCCGUCUACACGCCGACGGAAAUCGCCAAGAUACCGUGGUCUGUCUGGAGUUUGAAGAGAUUGUGUCAGCCGUCACAUACGAGCAGGAGCAUGCGGGAUCUUGGAAGAGUCUUGUCUCGACCAUUUUUGCCUCCGUCAUCUUGACUCUGUGCUUUAUCCUUCUCACCAUCCUUAUGUACAAGGCGUCAGUAACUGGAAACACAAAAUAUGGCAUCGGCGGCACAGUCAUUAUCUUCAUUUUCCAAUGGACUGCCUCCAGCUCAUGGAUGCUUCUCGCCUACUCUUACCCACCCGAAGUUCUCACCUUUGCCCAGAGGACCCGCGGUCUUUCCAUCAGUCAGGCAGUUGGUUACGCCCUGGUGACAAUGUUCUCCUACUGUCUACCUAUAGCAGUAAACAAUAUCGGUUACAAGUGGUACGCCAUUCUUGCUUGCUUGAAUGCCGGUAUAUUUUUCAUCGUCUAUUUCGUCUUUGUGGAAACUAAAGGUAAGACCCUCGAAGAGAUUGAUAUUAUCUUCGAAGGCGCCGAAGCUUUCAACGCCCGUCAGUUGGGAACCAGCGUUGGUAAAAAUACUACAAUCAUUGAGGGUAUCGAACCUACAUCAGCGAGCGGCUAUAUGCCUUCUCUCAUCAAAAGCGACUGA